UUUUCUUUAAACCCCAUAAAUUCCCUUCAGGCAAAAUAUUUUUCACUCUGCGCCCAGAUUUUCCCGAGAAAAUGAACUUUAGUUUCUCGAGUUUCUGCCCAAGUGCAUCCCAAAUUAUCAAAGGUUAUAGCUGAUUCGAGCUACAGCUUUAUGGGUGGCUUAUAUUUAUUGGUCUAGUCAAUCAGAUUUUCGUCGAUAUUUCCUGUUACCUUCAGGGAAGAUUUUGAGGUGAAAAUUUUGCAAAUGGCUGCAGCAAAGGGAUCAGUUAAAAAGGGUCAGCCUUCAAUUCAGUAUAGGUGCAAUUCAUCUGAGAGUAAGAAGAAGCCGUCUAAGAUCCGUGGUCAUGUGUGUGAAGAGUAUGCAUAUGCUUGCAAGAAGAACACCAGCAAAAGGGAGGAGACCAAGUUGAGCCAAAUUCUGAGCAAGAAUGCGCUAAUAUCAGCUGUUGACCUGAUGUGGGAUCGGUCAGAUUUCGUUUCUGGGAAUUCGGUUGGCCCGCUGAAGGAAGAUGUUUUGGAUGAUCUAGACAGAGAUAAUGUCAGUAACUUUCAAGUCUCUGCAGAAAGUGAAAUGUUGCAUCAUGCUGAUCUAAAGGCCAAGGCUCAUUCUUUACCUACUUCACAGCCCAAGCUUAAGUUAUUGAAGGUAACUGAGAAGAUGAGCAUCUUCGAUGUACAUAGUCAAAGCUAUGUUCGAUCUUUGUCCAGGUGGUUAAUGCAGGCUAACGAGGCAAAAUCUCUUAAUGGUUCUUGUAAAGGGAAUGGUUUUGAAAUUAAAAUAAAGGGUGAGAUGGGAAAAUUGUAUAGCUGGAUGAAAGAAGUAAAUUCCAUUAGUCUGAGGCAUCAUCUGCAAGGAGCAGUGCCUGAAAAGAAAACAAUAUUUGAAGACUGUGUUCAUCUGUCAGGCAGCACACAAGCAGCUUGUGCAUCAAAAAAUGGAAGUUGUUCUGCUAAUGACUUUUUUACAACGGAUGCAGUGCGAAAUUCAACUCCGGCUGAAUCUAAGGGUCCUCUAUUAUUGAAUGGCACAUUAGUUUUUACAGAUACCAGAAUGGCCACAUCUACAGAUGGAGAUUAUCUCUUUGCUCUAUACAGAGAUAAUUGCACUGAUAAUGAUGGAAUGAACAAAAUGAGUUCGGGACUUGGCACUAACCAUCAUACUGAGGUAUCUUUUUCAAGGAAUAAUGCACAAGUAUGUUGCAGAAAUAUGACUGACUCUGAGGAGUUGCUUGAAAAUAAAAGAAAAGACCCCAAAAUGGAGGUUCAUCCAUCCUCUACAGAAAUACCUACAUAUGCUGUUGCCGAAAAAAAGCAUGCUUUUGCUGGUGGGUUGGCAGGAAUUAGCGUCAGUCUUUGUCUUCAUCCACUUGAUACAGUUAAGACAAUAACUCAGUCAUGCCUUUUGGAAAAGAAAUCACCAAUCAGUGUUGGUAGAUCCGUUAUAUCUGAAAGAGGUUUCUCUGGCCUUUACCGAGGAAUUGCCAGCAAUAUUGCCUCAUCAGCUCCUAUAUCUGCGCUUUAUACUUUUACGUAUGAAUCAGUUAAAGGAGCUCUACUGCCGCUUUCUCCCAAGGAAUAUUGUCCUCUUAUCCAUUGCGUAGCUGGUGGUUGUGCAAGCGUUGCAACUUCCUUUAUUUUCACUCCUAGUGAGCGUAUAAAACAACAGAUGCAAGUCAGUUCACACUAUCGCAAUUGCUGGGGUGCACUCGUUGGAAUCAUUCAGAAGGGUGGUCUGCUUUCUUUAUAUGCCGGAUGGAGCGCAGUGCUGUGUAGAAAUAUUCCUCAUUCAAUCAUUAAGUUCUAUGUGUAUGAAAGCUUGAAGCAAUUGAUGUUACCGUCCUUAGAUCCUUAUGCUCAACCCAACACAUCACGAACGCUUAUCUGUGGAGGACUAGCUGGAUCUGCGGCUGCUUUCUUCACAACCCCAUUUGAUGUGGUGAAAACAAGAUUACAAACCCAGAUUCCGGGCUCUAAGAACGGAUAUCAUAACGUGUUUCAAGCUCUUCGAGCAAUAGGCAAACAAGAAGGUCUGAGAGGGCUAUACAGGGGUUUGAUCCCGAGACUGGUGAUGUACAUGUCUCAGGGGGCUAUAUUCUUCGCCUCGUAUGAAUUCUAUAAGAGUAUACUCUCUCUAGAAACGCCACAAACCAGUUAUUUACCGGACUGGCUCAAACCAAGGGAUGAAAACAGUUCACCAUUGAAUGAUGAAGAGGGUACACCAAUGCUGCAGGGCAUGCGCUCAUAAAGGGUUGUUGUGGAAGUGUAAUAUGAAUGAAUAUGACAGAUGAUGGGUCGAGAGAUUUUUGUGCAGAGAUGAAAAGAUAACAGUCUCGUUCAUUUUUGGUAGGGCAUUUUUUGUGCAAUUAUAUGGAUAGGUCAUUUGAUGAAAUUCUUGUAUUCAUUUGUGAUUUGUGUAAAGUACUUAACUUUUGCGAGUGAACAGGAAAAAGGCCCAUUAUUCA